AUGUUUAUUACCCAUUUUUUCACGUACAAAAAUUUCAAGGCAAUCCUGGAGCAAAAUCUUUAAUCCUUACUCAUAACGUCGAUCUCGAAUAGUAUGCAUAUUUUUCCCCCUCUGUCAAAAUAUAUUUAGCUAAUUCGAUACUAGACCUAUCAAAAUCGUUCACCGUAAUCGCUCAAUUCAAAAUGCAAUUCCUAAACACUACUUCCUGUUCCCUCCGCGUUAUCUUCGCCAUGGCUAUCUUCACCCUCUCCACAUCUGCCGCCGCUCUUUCCCAUACCGUCAACUAUCCUGUUUCUGGCGGCGCACCCGUUUCGCUCGCUGAUGAAAUGCCACAUACAGAAUUACAGUAGAGGGACUUCAUAAAUCUGGAAUCCUCCCUCCGUGUUGGCACAAAGUCUCUGGGAAAUUUUUCUGUUUCACAUAAAGCACAUCCGUGGUUGGAGCAUGAAUCUUGAUGUCCCAGUACCACACUAUCUCUCGCCGGGCACUCUAUUUUAUAUUAUAUAUAGUAGUAACACGAACAUACAAGAGAGACGGGAAUGAGAAAGGCGCGUGCGAGGUUAAAAAGAGAUGGAUUUUGUGCGGGAAUUAAAGUGGUCAUUAUGAUUAAUCUACGGCUUCUUGAACCAUGUUAGAGUUUUUGAUUGGUGUUACGAGCGAGCCGUACUGUUGAAAGGCGCUUGGAUUUAGGCCACGUUACUGUACCUGAGAUACAUUUAUUGAUUGACCUGGCUGGCGAGUUUGAUCGCGGUCUAAAUCUUUUCAAUACAUUGGACUUUUGAUGUUUGGGAAAGAGUAUUCGUCAGGUGUUGGGACGGGAUCUAAAUCAGAUUUGUUUGAAAUUGUAAGAUUUAUAUCAAGCUUUUGGUUAGAUUAUUUACUAGGGUAUUUUAGACCAAUCAGAUUAUCAGGAUCGCGAUUCACUUAAAUGAGUUUCUCAU